CGCCAGAAGUGUAAUCAGAUGCAAUGCAUAACAUAUGAGUCUGUAAUUUUCCUACUUUAAGGGCCUACUUAAAGUAGGCCCUUAAGGCCCUUAUCAUGGUUCAAGUGAAAACCAUGAUAAAUAUUUUCAUUUUUGAAUCCUUAGAAAUAUCAUGUUGGUGCUAAAUACUAUAAAUAUAUGAGUGUUUUGUUGAUUAAUUUCUGUAGAUAGGUAGGUUGGUAGAUGAAAAUGGCACAUCAGCAGCAUACAUUGCUGGACUUGAUAAAUGGAUCCCAAUUUGAAGAUAUCUAUGGUGAUCUACACUUCUGCAGCAAAUGUCAAAUGCAAUUCUCAAGCCUGCAUGCCUUUGUUAACCAUAGGAUUCAUCACUGCCACUUGGCAGUAAGACACAGCCCAGAAGUAUCCCUAAAUGCUCAGGUGCAGGUGUGCGGGCCGGCGGAGGACGCUGGUGGGCAGCCGGGGCUGCUGCCGCUCUCCGAGGGCUCCGCGGUGCAGUCGCCGGCCGCGCCGGUCCAGCAGCUGCCCCACCCGGCGCUGGUGUCCGUACCGGUGCUGUCCGCCGCCGGCGCGCCGCUCGAGCUGCUUGUCCAGGUGACUCAGCCGGCGGAGACGGCCGCCGCCGCCGACCCGCCGCCGCGGAAGAAGCGACUCCGACCGCGGAACCACGUGUGUGACAUCUGCGGGCACCGGUGCGCCUUCCCCAAGGACCUGGUGCGGCACAAGUUCAAACACACCAACGAGAAGUUCCGCUGUUCGGUGUGCGGCGCCCUCUACAGUCGGCCGGACAAGCUGGCCGAGCACGAGCGUCUGGCGCACCGGCAGCCGGAGGCGCGCCGGCGCCGCGCCUGCACCGUCGAGGGCUGCACGUUCCGCGGCGCCAGCGGACACCACGUGAAGAAACACAUGCGCGACCGCCACUCGGACGAGCGGCCGCACAGCUGCCAGGUGUGCAGUUACGCAGCCAAACACCCACAUCAGCUUACCGUCCACCUGCGCUCUCACACGGGCGACCGUCCGUACCCGUGCCAGGAGCCGGACUGCGGGCGCACGUUCCGCACCAGCUGGGACCUGCGCCGCCACCAGCUGCUGCACACGGGCGACCAGCCGUUCGGCUGCCAGCUGUGCAGCUUCGCGUCGGCAUUCAAAGGCAACUAUUAUAAGCAUCUGCGAAACAUUCACGGCAUCGAUAAGGACGGAAAUAAAAUACCGGAAAAGGCAGCAACAGGUGAGCGUCGGACCACCACCGCCACCCGUCGCGGCCGGGGCCGGGACGCCCGGCCGCUGCCGGCCAACUUCUGGUGCGACCAGUGCACCUGCUCGUUUGUCAGAAACGAGGCAUACCUGGUACACCUCGCUACACAUUCGGACGGGGCUCGGCCGGCUGUUGGGUCGGUCCAGCCCGACGGGACCGCCCUGCCGGCAUCUGAGAUCGCCGCUCCGAGCGCCGUGCCGCGAGCGGAGUCCGGAGCGCAGUCCUGCCCAGACCUAUCGGCGCACACCGACCACACAGCUGAGUUACCGGGGCCCGCCGCCCCCCGCUCAGUGCCGUCCUGUCCCGCCCAGCCUGGAGAGCUGCUGUUACCGGUGCCCGCCGCGCCUCGGUCAGUGCCGUCCAGCGCCAACCCGCUGGAUGCCACGUGAUCAUGGUUAGCCACCGCCAGAAAUGGCCUUCAUACCAGACAUGUGCAUGGAUCCGAGUGAUUGAUCUAUGAUCUCAGUGGAUCUCGAGGCAAAUUGUAGGUUCGGAUCUAUGAUCCCACCGAAUCCGGCGUGAAAAAUUUAUCCUGGAUCUAUGAUCUUACAGGAUCUGACGAUAAACCAAAAGCAUGGAUCUAUGAUCUGAGUGGAUCCCACCAUGAACAACAUUUGAAACCAGGUUUCCAAGUGUUUCUAUGUCAAUAAGUGCCAUAAAACUAUGGAUUAUGACGUGUUAUCACAUACAAACACUAAAUUAGAACGUUUGUGAGUUGCAACGAGUGAUCUUUUGGGAUUUCUGUGUUGACAAAAAAUAAAUGAGGAUCUAUGAUCCCACUGGAUCUCAAGCAAAAAUACUAGACUCGGAUCUAUGAUCCCUACGGAUCUCUCGAUAAAUUAAAGAGCUGGAUCUAUGAUCCCGACGGAUCCGAGAUCAGGAUCCGUGGGAUCAGAUCCCAGAUCCAUUUUCUCGGAUCCAUGCACAUGUCUGCUUCAUACAGUACAAAAUGUCUUUCAUUGUGAUAUAUGGUUUUGUGAGUGGAAUACUUUUACCCGUAAUAUAUCUUUGUUAUAA